UACAGGAAAUUGUUGACGUCAGAGAUAAGCGGUGUGGAAGAUAAGAUACGGAGGGUCGAAAACAGCUCUGUUCUUACUGCCCCAUAGUAUCACGUCUCAUAGCACAAGUGCCAACAGAGGGUCGCUAAUAUUUACUGUAUAUUUAACGGCAUCGUCAACCCCAGAGAAGACGAUGUCAAAGCCUGAAGAAAUCGCACAACCAACGCCUGCUGGUCCUCCUCCCCCGUACUCUGCUUACCAACAACCUCAGUACGGAUUUACUGCACCCGGCAGCAGCGUUGUGGUGACGCAGCAGCAACCACAACAGCAACAUGUAAUUACAACACAGCCGGUUAUCACCACCACCCCCGUUGUGGUGGUCGCCGGCGCCACCUGCCCGGCAUGUAGGGCGGGCAUCUUGAGGAACGAAUUCACCUGCUGUGGCAUCUUCUUGGCCAUCUGUUUCUUCCCCCUCGGCUUGCUCUGCUGCUUCCUCAUGAUGGAGCGGCGAUGCAGCAACUGCGGACUCGCCUUCGGGUAAGGAGGAACGCCCUCGCCUACGCCCUCGCCCGCGCUACUCUGCACGGGUGCCACACGCCCAUCCGGAACUCUCGGCGCGCAAAAGAACUACGGGCGUGAAACAUCGCACUGCCUUCUCUCUCUCUCUCUCUCUCUCUCUCUCUCUCUCUCUCUCUCUCUCUCUCUCUCUCUCUCUCUCUCUCUCUCUCUCUCUCUCUCUCUCUCUCUCUCUCUCUUUACGUUUUAGUGGAAAGAUUCCAAGUGUUUUUUAUCUUAUUAUUAUUAUUUUAUUUUAAGAAGAACUAGUCUUUAUUACAACAGGCUUAGAGUAGAUUUUAUUUCUGACUGACUUUUAGUUUUAAUCCUUGAUAAUUUCAGCAAUGUAGCUGUACUGGUAUGAAUACUAUACCUGAAGGUAAAUGGCAGUAGUAAUUUCAUCACCAUGAAAUUAGGGCUGAUCCUCAACACGUCUGUUAUGCAACGCCUUCUGAAUAAUAUCGUGCUAUGAUAGACCUACAAAAAGAGUCAUAUUCUUGUGACUUUCUUUGUAAAAUAGCGAGUCACAUUGAUUUUUUUUUUAUGAUAUAUAUUUGACUUCAUCAUAUUCAUUCUUGAGGUGAUAAUGUAACACUGGCUGUCAUGUUUAUAAUGUAUAUUUAGUAGUAUAACCAUUAUAUUAGUGAUCUAUGAAUAAAUCGCUUAUUCAUUUAA